AUGUCUUCACCACAGGAUGAUUUUCCGGAAGCCCAUAAGAUUUGCCAGAUAUUCAGGUUAUCAGAAGAGCAAAUGUUCCAGAUUGUUGAUCGCCUCACGGCUGAAAUAGAGCUGGGUCUGGCGAGAGAUACGCAUUCAAGGUCCACAGUGAAAAGUUUUGUUACCCACGUACAGAAUCUACCGACAGGCAAGGAGCGGGGCAAAUAUCUGGUGCUUGAGUUAGGCGAUGCCACUGUUAGUGUUCUGUUGGUUUAUAUUAAAAGUGAAACAGAUAUUGAGAUGACAUCCAAAACCUUUGAGCUGAGCAAAAAUCUAAAGCACGGCUCGGGCAAUAGAUUAUUUCAAUUUUUUGCAAAGUGCCUCGCCGAAUUUUGCCACGAAUUAAAUAUUGCAAUGGAGAAUCUACCGCUGAGCUUCGUCUUCUCAUUUCCCUGCGAACAGGAGGCCGUUGACAUCGGCGUGUUGCUCAAUUGGAAAAGUGGCUUUAAUUCUUCAGACGUUGAGGGUAAGAAUGUUACCAAACUGUUGCAGAAUGCAAUAAACCGACGUACCGAUAUCAGAGUCAAUGUAGUUGCAAUGCUUACUGGCACGACAGGAAGCCUUUUGUCCCUUGCCUUCAGUAAGCAGAAUUGUUUCAUUGGCAUAAUUGUGGGUAGUACUACUAAUGCAAGUUAUGUGGAGAAAACGCUUAAUACACAAAUGUUGCAAGGAUAUGAGACGAGCCUCAAGGAUAAUAUGAUAAUAAACACUGAGUGGGGAACCUUUGGGGAGAAUGGCGAAUUGGACUUUAUACGGACUGACUAUGAUAUCGCCGUGGAUAAAUUGACGUCCGAUCAGAUGAGAAAUAUCUUUGAAAAGUGCGUCUCUGGCAUCUAUCUAGGCGAAAUUGUGCGCCAAAUAUUAUUGGAUCUAAUGGACAAACAGCUCAUUUUCAAGGGCCAGAAGUCAAACGCUAUUAGGGAACCAUGGACAUUCGAUACUCGCUACAUGCUGCAGAUAGAGGCAGAGAUGCCAGGCCAGUAUCGCGCUACUGAUAUGGUCUUGCAUCGCCUGGGCAUCACGACCAACAACCAAAAGGAUCUAGCCUGUGUGCGCUAUGUAUGCAACAUAAUCGCAAAGCGUUCAGCCAUGCUGAUGGCCUGUGGCCUCGUUAGUCUAAUUAAGAAGAUGGAUGUCUCCGAGAUAUCAGUGGCUGUAGAUGGUGGGAUCUAUCGUUUUCAUCCCACCUACCACGACAUGAUCAUGGCGAAUGUGAAUCUCCUACUAAAGGACUCGGCUACAGUGGAACUAGUUCUAUCUGAAAAAGGUACGGCUCUUGGUGCAGCGUUCGUAGCUGCUAGCUCCAUAUGUAAAUGCAGGGGGGAAUGA